AUACUACUAAACAUUCACACAAUGCACAUAGUCCACCAUGUUGGAAUUCAAUUUCAUUCAUUUGAUUGCCUUAAAGAUGAUAUUUGUAGUCAGGAAGGAGCUGUAGGUCUCGCAGGAAAGCUAGAAGAGAGGAGAACCACAUCUAAACACUUGUAAAUUCUACUUUUGUAGAGGUUAUAACUUGAGCAGAUCCUGGAGGGAAAAGUCUCCCUGGAUAAAUGAACCUGCCAGUGGCAAUGCAUGUUUAUAUUUAUCUGUUGGUCAGUACAGAUAUUUGCAUGUUACACUUGUACACACAUACAUCCAUACAUACAGGGUAAAAAAAAAACAUAGCGGUGGAGACAUUCUGCAUGUGUAGCGUCACUUCAGCUGUAAAAUGGACUAAAUCUGCGAACUCAAGAUCUCACUUUCACAAGGUGACAGUUUCAUUGAAUGUACUUACUGUCAGACGUGACUUUUUUUCUUUUUUUACAUAUUCUUUCUCUGACUUCAUACGUGUGUACGUCCUUAAACCAGUCACCACAUGUUUUUGAGCUGUCCAUCACAGAGAGUCUUAGGGCAGCUUAAACCAUUGGUAGAACAUUGUUUGUUUCCAAGCUUUGUGUUCGUGACCACAUAGACACCCUCGUUUCACUUAUUCUUGAUCUGCAUUGACAAGCAGGUUUAACGUAGAGAUGUCUCUUCUGUCCACUGAGAUAUUGGGCAGCUGCGCUGUCAGUCUCCCAGCCACAGAUGACUGAGGCGUCACUGGGAAUUGACCGUGUGGAAAGCGGAAAUGCAUCGAUUAUAUUAUACAGCAGUUAUUUCUGGUCCACUAAUUUGAUAGGAUGAACAGUGUUCAGAGAGUGCUUAUAUCUACUAUAAACAUACUGGCAGGUUUCACUGUGUGCAUAACUCCACUUGACUGUGUUCGUCACGUAAAAAUUUCAAUUCUAACAACAGUCCCACUGAAACCAUUACAACAGUAGAGUUAGGUACAUCAUCAGCAGACCUGGCAAACGAUACAUUUCUUCUGAAUAUGACUCCUGGCUUAACAUAUGAAAGCUUGUCAGAUGAAGAUGAACAGGAAGAAGGGAAACCAGUUUCACCAGAUGUACCUUUAACAGGAAUGUACAAAUCAUUGUGAGCUAACUAGCCAACUAGACGAAGGGCUAUUAGUGAGUGUGGCUGCUUUGGGAUCUAUUUCCGUUCGCGGAGCCUUGCAUAUAUUCAGUAUAACCGCACUCUUGCUUGUGUGAUAUUGCUUAAUUAUAUUAUAUAGUAUUAUAUUAUAUUGGAAAUGUACUAUUUGGUAUAAUUUUAAAGGAGUCAUUUCAUGAUUUUUAAUGUUUUCCUUUUGUUUGGGAGUGUAAUGUAUCUGUGCAUGUGUAAGCUCUACAAAGUCCCAAAGCUCAUAUUUUCCCGCAAAGGGAUUUAUUCUGUCUAACAGAGAACACCUGCUCCAGACCUGCCCAAAAUGCGUCGUUUGAAGUCCAGAUUUACUCCGUAAUUUCUCUGUCAGUGUGCGCACUAUCAGUGUGAUCCCGCCCAAAGACAGCCAUGAAGAAAGAAGGUGAGGCUUCAGUGAAUUCAGGCGCCAUGUCGUGGAAACGCUGUGUGUUGUGGUGCAAAAGCAAAAAAACCCUUUGUUUAGCCUUCCGAAAACGGAUGAAAUUCGGAAUCAGUGGUUAUUGUUUACUUAUAACGCUCUUCUUGAGUAGUACAACCCAAACGUUUGCUUGUGCACAGCGCAUUUUACGGAGGACCGCUUCCUGAACCUGGGCGAGUACAAGGCAGGCUACACACAAAGCUACUCCUGAAAAGCGGGGCGAUACCCACUUUGCUCGGACAAUCUUGCGCUUCUGAAUCAGAACCUCAAAUGGUGAUGAGCCUGCGUGUCUCUGAACUGCAAGUACUCCUAGGAUACGCUGGUCGCAAUAAGCACGGAAGAAAGCACGAACUAUUGACCAAAGCACUCCACUUGCUGAAGGCUGGCUGUAGUCCCGCUGUACAGAUGAAGAUCAAGGAGUUGUACCGCCGCCGCUUCCCCACAAAAAUGGUGUCCCCGACAGACCUCUCUCUCCCUGGGGUCCACUCCACAACAGGUGUAGCAUCCGCAGGUUUACCUGCGAGCCUCGCCCAACUUGGGUUUGACAGCCAUGGCGCGCCUUCGCCUCUGCUGCCUGUCUCACUCCUGGGGCCAAAGCAUGAGCUGGGCCUUCCACACCUGUCUUCUGCCCUGCAUCCUGUCCAUCCAGACGUCAAGCUUCAGAGGCUUCCUUUCUACGACGUGCUGGAUGAACUGAUCAAGCCCACCAGCCUGGUUCUUCCUUACUAUAAGCAGUUUAAAUUGACCUCAGACAACAAUCAGAGGUUUCAGGAAACGUGCUUUGCAUUUGCGUUGACGCCACAGCAAGUCCAACAGAUCAGCAGCUCAAUGGACAUCUCUGGGACCAAAUGUGACUUUUCAGUACAAGUUCAGUUAAGGUUUUGCUUAUCAGAGACAAGUUGUCCUCAGGAAGACCAUUUCCCACCAAACCUCUGUGUGAAAGUGAACGGAAAGCCCUGUAACCUCCCCGGCUAUCUUCCUCCAACUAAAAAUGGAGUAGAGCCAAAAAGACCAAGCAGGCCCAUCAACAUUACCUCUCUGGUCCGUUUAUCCACAACAGUCCCCAACACUAUUGUGGUAUCUUGGACGUCAGAAAUCGGCAGGAGUUAUUCCAUGGCAGUGUACCUCGUCCGACAGCAGUCCUCUUCAGUAUUGCUGCAGAGACUAAGGUCGAAAGGCAUCAGGAACCCAGACCACUCAAGAGCACUCAUCAAAGAGAAGUUGACAGCUGACCCUGACAGUGAGAUUGCUACCACUAGUCUGAGAGUCUCCCUUCUCUGUCCGCUGGGGAAGAUGCGGCUGAUGGUUCCGUGCCGAGCGCUGACCUGCUCACACCUGCAGUGCUUUGACGCUACACUCUACAUCCAAAUGAAUGAGAAAAAACCCACCUGGGUGUGUCCAGUCUGUGACAAGAAGGCCCCAUAUGAACACCUCAUCAUCGAUGGGUUGUUCAUGGAGAUCUUAAACAGUUGUGUAGACUGUGAUGAGAUCCAGUUUAAGGAGGAUGGUAGCUGGGCACCUAUGAUCUCCAAAAAGGUGGUGCAGGAGGUGUCUGCUUCAUCCAACGGCUUAGACGGUUCAUGUCGACCAGUGCUAUCUGAGCACAAAAACAGUUCAUCACACACCAGCAGUAGCAACAAUAAAAAAGUGGAAGUGAUUGACCUUACACUGGACAGCUCCUCAGAUGAUGAUGAUGAUGACGAUGAUGAUGAUGAAGAACCUCCUCCUAAACGAGCAUGUCCAUCUCUUUCACCCACCUCACCACCAGUCACUAAAGGGGUGUUGAAUCUUCACCAUCAGGCAUCUCCAGUGACGCGAGCUCCGAGCAUGCCAGCAGUGGAGACAAAUUACAUUCCCCCUCCACCUCCUCUCAUUCAGGACUACCGCCACUAUUACCACACGCCCAGUGACCUGUCAGAUCUGAAUUUCUUUUCAUUUUUACCAGGGGAAAAUCAUCCGCAUUACAACAUGGUAAUGGCAGCAGCAGCCGCAGCAUCUGCCUCGGCGUCAACAUCAGACGAUCAUGAGCUCCUCCGCUUCUUGCCCUAUAACUCCUCACAGCUGUACCUUGAGCAAGCAGGCACGGCGCCGAGCAGUUCACUGGCACCACCCAAUGGCAGCGCGGGCAGCAGUAGCAGCCUGCGGGACAGCCAUGGGCACAGCAGUGUGUCCCGCUCACGGUCAGACACAGCUGCCUCAGUCAUAUACGGCUCCAUCCCUGACGUCAUCUCACUCGACUGAGCACACAGGCACAGCAACCCAAAGACUGGCAAGACGGGCUAUCUGCACCUUCCAUGGGAGACAAGAGAAGCUUGGUGCGCUUCAGAGGAUUUAGAGACGAACGAGACAGAAGGAAAAGAGGGGUGGGGGGAAAAAAGAGGACAAAUACCUUUGUAAAAAAAAAAAAAAAUGAAAAAGAUAACGCUGUACAGAGAAGAAAUAUCUAUUUUCAGUUUUACUUUUGUAUAUAAACAAUAGGACGCUGCCUGCCCAGUGAGUGACUUCAGUUCAUAUUUUUUGUGUGAAUACUGAAGGUGUUUUUUCACUUCUCCAUGUGCUGUCCCUUGACUUAAACUUAUUCUAUAUCUUUUAUACUCUUUUUGCUAUUUUAUUUCACCUCAAACACUUAUUUCAAUCCCAGUCAUUUUGAUCUUUUUUGAGGGGUCAGUAUGUUAUUUAAUGACACUUUGUUGUGCAGGUAAUUUAUGAUGCUUUUAAGUUAUAUAGUUUGUAUGCUGUAUAAAAGCAUUUCCUGAUGCCAUUACAGGAUCUAGCCACGAGGCACGCUCAGAACGGCAGACAACUCUUAUUCCAGCUUUGCAUAUACCUCCAUCUAGCUCUCAAUAAAGUAUGCGAAAGAUAAUUUUUUUUUUUCCCAGAUAUUUAUGCAGAGAUCAUGUUGCACACGUCUCCCAACUUAUGAAACUAAAUAUUAUUAUGCUAAUUAUUUGAGGAUAAGUAGUUUGCUAUGAGUAAUUUAUCAACUGGGGAGAUAUGUAAUUGAAGGUUUGGUACUAUAGUGUGAUGCAUUUAUGAAGUGAAUCAGUUAACCUAAGAAGUAUAUUUAGACGUCAUGUAGCUGCAGGACAUUGUCCAUGAUGCGUCAUCUAAGUUUGUGUUUAAACUAAGGAUUUUCUGUUGUAACAGAAGACUAAUUGAGGUCUAGUGGUCUGGCCACCUUCAGUUUUUAUGAAACAAUGAAAUUAGAUCUUAAUUCAAACUAUCAUGAGCCAGACAUUGGGAAACAAAAAUGUUGUUAACGAUUCUGUUGUGUAUGUUGAUUAGACUGAACAAAGCUGCAUUACAGUACAGUGAUCAGAGUUUAAGAGCAAUGACACGGGUACCAGGAGGUAGUUAGCACCCAUUACAUCCAGUGUUGGUACCUGCUGUUUCCUGCAUUAAGUUCUGUUCAAAAGCUGUCACGUGCGGCUCUUCUACAGCGUCACGUUUUCAGGACUGUGAUAAUCAUCUCUUUGAAGGGAUAGAUUAACAUUUUGACGAUUGAUAUAUUUUGUUACUUAUAGUGUGUGUGUGUAUAUAUAUGUAUGUGUGUGUGUGUGUGUGUGUGUGUGUAUGUAUAUAUAUAUAUAUAUAUAUAUAUUAUAUAUAUAUAUUAUAUAUAUAUAACACACACUGACGAUCGGGUCAUAACAGCUUGAGAGGGAAAAAAUUCCAGAUUUUUUUAGCCAAUACAUAAACACUGAUCUUUAUUAAUAUUUGGAUCUAUGAUCUACAUGUACAUGCAUAAGAACUUGAUCUUUGGACCUAUUUUCCAACCAAAUCAACUAUUUAAAAAUCUGGUGCACACUCUUUUAUUAUUAUUAUUAUUAUUAUUAUUGGCUUAGCAGAGUUUGCUUUUCAAACUGUUGUAAAAGUGUUGCCUUGUUAUAUCGCUGGUCCUAUAGAUCUUCCUUUGGCAUGCAGAAACCUAAAAAUAGGUUUCUGCAUACUGGCAUUACCUUAAUUAGAAAGGAAGGUUUUAAUUGUCAGAAUGCUUAACUAUCCUUUUAAGUGACCUUUUGAGUUUUAUUUAAAUGUUUUUCCUGGUGAGAUCACAGCCACAUCAUCUUCGUCACCCCCUCCCCUCACGCUUUGAUUUUUUUUUUUUUUAAAUUUUUUAUUUGUUUUUUUUUUUUUUAAACUGAAUUUAUUUAUUUUUAAUCUAUAUAUUUUUUAGUAUUUGUUUGACAAUUAUGCUUUACUGUCAUCGUACAUUUAUUUCAAUAUUAAUUAUUUAAAACACAUCUUGUUUUUCGUCCUCGUGUUCCAUGUUCUGUCAUAUUGAUUUAUGUCUGUUCUGUACUUUGAUUCCAUCUCCAGAAUCUAUGGUGUUGUCAGAUUUGACUAUUUCAUUGCAAUUAAACACUUAAACGAUGAAAGCCAGCUGAGUGUGGACGAACUCUGGCUCAAUUGUUAAGACCCCUUAAGAAAUGAUAUGAUCGGCUCAUCAUAGAAUUUAUUUAGCCACUGAUUCAUUAUGCACAGCCAUUAUUACUUGUAUAAAUGUAAGCUUUCAUCAAAACAUAGACGUUGACUGUAGACGCUAUCUACUAUUUCAUAUAGGCCAACAUUUAUGCAUGUAGUACAUGCUAAUUAAACUCAUUAAAUUAAAAAAUAUAUGUGCACUGAGGGACCAUGACUUGAUCUUGAGAAUUGUUCAUGAAGAAAGUCGGCACUGGAAAAUUCAUUUUGGUGAGGCAUUAGAUUACACUGAACUUAAGCCAUGAAAAUGAAGUAGUCCAUAUCUAGAUUCAGGUAGAAGCACUGUUGUUUAUUUUUUUCUAAAGAAUUGGCACACAGUGCCAUACUCGACUGACACUUAAACCGUUUCCAGACAGAAUCCUACCACUAGACAACUUAACCCAUUUUAGCUGUACUGGUAAGACUGGUGUGCAUGAGAGCUCUCUGCCUUAAAUUCUUGUAUUAUUUUUAUCAUGAAAGAAAUCAUUAUGUAUAUCAAGCCACUAUCAGUUUGUACAAAACAUCAAAUUAUUUAUUUGAUUUGGGAUACAUUGUUUGCCUAAUGAAUGUUAAUUGUUUAUGUAGAGAGUGGUUUAGCUGUAAUAAAACACAUGCAACUA